AUGUGGAAGUUUUGGCUUGCUACCCUCGUUGGCGUGGGCCAUGCCUCGCAAACCGUGCUCCGACCAGAGCCCGUGGCGUCAAAUUUUACCACCUUCCGGAGUCCAAAUUCACCCCAUUCAGUGCGCAUCCGACAACAAGAUGAGUCUAUAUGUGCUGCGGGCUCUGCGCAGUAUACUGGAUGGCUAGAUAUUGGUCCGAAGCACCUGUUCUUCUGGUACUUCGAAAGUCAGAAUGAUCCCGCCGACCCACUAACGUUGUGGAUGAAUGGUGGGCCCGGAGGCUCUAGUUUGCUGGGCCUGUUCCAAGAAAAUGGGCCAUGUCUCAUAAACGAGCAUGGAAAUGGGACCGUUCACAAUCCAUGGGGCUGGUCUCGAAACUCCUCAUUACUUUUCGUUGACCAGCCAGCCGAUGUGGGUUGGUCCUAUAUUGACGAGGGCUACGAGGUCGCGCGCGAUUCUCACGAGGCCGCAGUUGACAUGCACCGUUUUCUCCAAAUCUUUGUAUCUGAGAUCUUCCCCCACACACGCUUCUCAGAUUUGCAUAUCUCGGGUGAAUCCUAUGCAGGCAAAUACAUCCCUUAUCUCGGAGCUGAGAUUGUCACCCACAACCAGCAAUAUCCCUCAGAGCCCCAGAUCAACCUUAAGUCAUGCCUGAUAGGCAAUGGCUUCAUGUCAUCCAAAGACAUCACCUUCGGGUACUGGGAGACGCUUUGCACAACCAAUCCCGGCGUUUCCACGCCCGUGUUCAAUGAGACUCGGUGCGAUAUUAUUGCUGCCAACAUGCCGCGAUGCAUGGAACUCUACGAUACUUGCGCCGGAAACCCCGACGUUGCAAUUUGCACGGCUGCAUAUGCCGUCUGCUACAAAGGAAUCGUUGGUUUGUACGAGGAUGAGAGCAAGAAGGGAGGCCGUAACCGCUUCGACAUCACAGCCCCGUGUUAUAUUGAUGAUAUAUGCUACAAGGAAGCAGCUUAUAUCGAGCAGUAUCUGAACUCGCCUGUGGUCCGCGAAGCCCUCUCGCCACCGGAAGGGAUCAAGAAGUACGGAUUUGAGUCCAGUGCCGUGGCAGACGCUUUUGCAACAACUCCGGAGGCAAUGACGUCGUCAUCAGACCAUAUCGUUUUCCUGCUUUCUCAUGGAGUGGAUUUUCUGGCCUACCAAGGAAAUCUUGACCUAGCUUGCAACACGGCAGGAAACCUCCGAUGGGCUAACUCGCUUGCCUGGAAGGGGCAGAGUGAGUUUACAUCCAAGCCGCUGCUCCCUUGGACUUCAAACGUCGCGGGACGUAUUAAAACGGUUGGCAACGCGAAAGAGGUGCGUGUGCAGUUGGACGGGCUGACAGAGAAAUCACGGUUUGCAUUUGUGACGGUUGAUGGGGCGGGUCAUAUGGUUCCUCAGGAUCGCGGUGAUGUAGCAUUUGACAUCUUGACCCGAUGGAUUGCGGGUGAUUCCUUUGCAUAG